AUGGCUUCUCUGCAGUCGGCGCCAAAUAUGGCGCCCGGCAACUUCUCAUUGCCCCCGAACCUGACACAGCAACAUGUUCAGGAGGUACUACAGAAAUUCAAGCAGAUGCAGGAGCAGGGUGUGCGCUCGGAUGACCCCGAGUAUCAAAAGGCUCAUCAGCUUCUGGCUAUGAUUCAACGUCAACAAAUGAUGAAGCAGAAACAGCGCCAACAGCAGGCUCAGCAGAUGAACGGUGCCGUGCCUGAUGUUGCUACCAAUGGCGUCCAUGUUCGCAAUGCCUCUGCUUCUUCUGUUCCCAGUGCUACCCCCGACGUACAAUCGGCGGCAUCUCAGUCGCAGAACGCCGCUCGAAAAGGGCCUACUGUAGGAAGUGGAAGCUUUUCCUCCGAACAGCUUGCCACUCUUCGCAAUCAGAUCAUGGCCUUCAAGACUUUAUCCAAGAAUCAACCCAUCGCACCGGCUCUCCACCAGCAGCUUUUCCCCUCCAAGAAGGUGCAGACCCCGACCCCAGCAGACAAGAUAGCUUCGGCGGAGAAGACCCUUGACAAUGUCGACAAGAGUGCCUCUGGUCAGGCCCAAGACUCCACUGGUGCCACUGCUCCUCCCAAGGAUUGGUAUGAGAGUGCGCGGCUACCUGAAGAAUUGUUACACAAGGUGAUCAACUAUGAGCACCAUAGUCACCGCAUCAAUCGCCCCCGGGUUCCUGCUUUUGAGACGGGUGGACUCGACUGGCGUCAGAUUCGCGAGAACCGAGAAACCCUUGUCUACAAUCGCAUGGCUUCUCGCAUGAAGGAGCUCCAGGAGCUUUCUGCCAGCAUAGGCGUCUGGGAUACUGGCAAGAGUGACGCUCCUACGGGCGACGAUUCAUUAAAACUUAAAGCAUUGAUUGAGCUCAAGUCCUUGUCUCUAUGGGGCAAACAGCAAGCCCUCAGAGAGAAGAUCCGCCGCACUGGAUUCGAUUGCAGCGAGACGAAUCAGACCAAUCGUGCCAGUCACCGCCGCAUGAAGCGACCUUCUCUUCGUGAGGCACGAAUCACUGAGAAGCUUGAGAAGCAACAGCGCGAUGCUCGUGAGACUAGAGAAAAGAAGAAGCAGUAUGAUCAGCUGCAGGCAAUCCUCAACCAUGGCGCCGAGCUUGUCAAUGCCUCUGCUCAGAACCGCAGUCGCUCGGUGAAGCUGGGCCGCAUGAUGCUCUCGCACCACCAGCACAUGGAGCGUGAGGAGCAGAAGCGCGUGGAGCGGACGGCUAAACAACGUCUGCAAGCACUGAAGGCCAACGAUGAAGAGACCUACUUGAAGCUCUUGGGCCAGGCCAAGGAUUCACGUAUUUCGCACUUGCUCAAACAGACCGAUAAAUUUUUGAAAGAGCUCGCCUCUUCUGUUCGGCAACAACAGCGGAACCAGGCUGAGCGGUACGGUGACGGUGAAGACUUCGACGAUGAGGAAGAAGAGAUCGCAGACAGCGAUGAUGAGGAGGAGGAGGAGGAGUCUGGAAAGAAGAAGAUCGAUUACUACGCCGUGGCACAUCGCAUCAGAGAGCAGGUUACAGAGCAGCCUUCGAUUCUUGUCGGCGGUACUCUCAAGGAAUACCAGUUGAAGGGUUUGCAGUGGAUGAUCUCGCUGUACAACAAUAACCUGAACGGUAUUCUGGCAGACGAAAUGGGUCUUGGAAAGACGAUCCAGACCAUCAGUUUGAUCACCCACAUCAUUGAAAAGAAGAGGAACAAUGGACCCUUCCUGGUCAUUGUGCCUCUCAGUACACUGACCAACUGGAAUAUUGAGUUUGAUAAAUGGGCGCCGUCAGUAACGAAGGUUGUUUACAAGGGUCCACCCAACGCUCGCAAACAGCAACAGCAGCAGAUUCGUUGGGGCAACUUCCAGGUCCUCUUGACUACUUACGAAUAUAUCAUCAAGGAUCGGCCUAUUCUCGCUAAGAUUAAGUGGGCUCACAUGAUUGUUGACGAGGGUCACCGUAUGAAGAAUGCCAACUCCAAGUUGAGUAGCACCCUAUCGCAGUAUUAUACCAGUCGUUAUCGUUUGAUUUUGACGGGUACUCCGCUGCAAAACAAUCUUCCUGAACUGUGGGCCCUUCUCAAUUUCGUCUUGCCGAAUAUCUUCAAGUCAGUCAAGUCGUUCGAUGAGUGGUUCAACACUCCAUUCGCCAACACCGGUGGUCAAGAUCGUAUGGAUCUUAGCGAAGAAGAGCAGCUGCUCGUCAUUCGCCGUCUACACAAAGUGCUUCGUCCCUUCUUGCUCCGUCGUCUGAAGAAGGAUGUCGAGAAGGAUCUACCGGACAAGCAGGAGCGUGUCAUCAAAUGUCGCUUCUCUGCCUUGCAGGCUAAGCUGUACAAGCAACUUGUCACCCACAACCGGAUGGCUGUCAGCGAUGGCAAGGGCGGCAAGACUAAUGUGCGUGGUCUAAGCAACAUGCUCAUGCAGUUGCGGAAGCUUUGCAACCACCCGUUCGUCUUUGAACCUGUCGAGGAUCAGAUGAACCCCAGCCGCUUGACCAACGACCUCCUCUGGCGAACGGCCGGAAAGUUUGAGCUGCUCGAUCGCAUCCUGCCCAAGUUUCGUGCCACUGGUCACCGUGUCCUGAUGUUCUUCCAAAUGACUCAGAUCAUGAACAUCAUGGAGGAUUUCCUGCGCAUGCGAGGCCUGAAGUACCUUCGUCUGGAUGGUUCUACAAAGUCUGAUGAUCGUUCCGACCUUCUGAAGGUCUUUAAUGACCCCGGUUCGGAAUACUUCUGUUUCCUGCUUUCUACCCGUGCCGGUGGUCUGGGUCUCAACUUGCAAACUGCCGAUACCGUUAUCAUUUACGAUUCAGAUUGGAAUCCUCACCAGGAUUUGCAAGCUCAGGAUCGUGCCCAUCGUAUCGGACAGAAGAACGAGGUCCGCAUUCUCCGACUGAUCAGCUCGAACUCAGUGGAAGAGAAGAUUCUAGAACGUGCGCAGUUCAAGCUUGACAUGGACGGCAAGGUCAUCCAGGCCGGUAAAUUCGAUAACAAGUCCACAAACGAGGAGCGAGAUGCCCUUCUCCGUACGUUGAUGGAUAGUGCCGAGGCUGCGGAUCAAAUUGGCGAGCAGGAAGAAAUGGAUGAUGACGAUCUCAAUGAAAUUAUGGCCCGUUCCGAAGAAGAAAUUGGUAUUUUCCAGGAGAUUGAUCGGAAGCGACUUGAGACCGACGAGUACGGUCCUGGCAAGCGCUAUCCUCGAUUGAUGUGUGAAGAGGAGCUGCCUGAUAUCUACAUGCAGGAAGACGAACCCGUUGCAGAAGUUACGGAGACUGAGGUUUACGGUCGUGGCGCUCGUGAACGUAAGGUCAAGCGAUACGAUGAUGGUAUGACUGAAGAGCAGUUCCUUCGGACCAUGGAAGACCUGGAAGAAAAUCCGAACGCGGUCAGCUUCGAUGAGCGUGCCGAACAGUUUGCUCGGGAGCGCGAAGAACGGCAAGCCCGAAAAGAGAAACGGAAACUCAAGGCCCAAGGUCUUCUGGAGUCCUCACCCGAUCCUUCCAUAGCCGAGGACGCCGAGGUUGAGGUUGAGGUUGAAACUCCACCGCGGAAACCUCGUCGUCGUGGUCCUCCGCCCAGCAAGCGCAAGGCUGAGGAACCUGCGGAGGAAACCCCUCAGCCCAAACGUAAGAGAGGUCGACAGCCCAAGGUUCCCGACACUCUCAGCUCUGCGGAACGGGCGACUCUUACUACCAUCGUCAACAGUGUCAUGCAAUCCUUGAAGGACAUGGAGCAGGAAAUCCAGCUUGAUUCUUCCGAUAGUGAAGAAGGACCGAUCAUGCGUGCCGUGAUCGAGCCCUUCAUGAAGCCUCCGCCACGGUCUCAGUACCCUGACUAUUACAAGAUCAUUCAGAAUCCGAUUGCAGUGGAGACGAUCGAGAAGAAAAUCAAGCGCGACGACUACCAGAGCCUGAAGGAAUUCCGUAAUGACAUCCACCUGCUUUGCCAGAAUGCUCGGACAUACAACGAGGAUGGUAGCAUUUUGUUCCAGGAUGCCAAUGAUAUUGAGGCCAAAUGCUUGUCCGAAUUAAAGAAGUUGACCGAAGAUUACCCUGACUUUGCCAACUUUGACGGCGAUUCCGCCGCGGAUGGCCAGUCGGUGGGCGCUAUUUCAGGUGCCGACACCCCUUUGACAGCCAGCACGCCGGGCCAGCCGAAACUGAAGCUGACUUUCAGCAACCCCAAUGCUGAAAGUGCAAGCAGCCUGAACGGAGCCGGUGCCGAUGACGAGUGA